CUGAACAAGGCAGACAGAGGAGCGACAGCAGGAAGACAACUUGGAUGUGAUUUAGAUUUUUUUUUUUUUUUUUUAAAUAAGAAAACAAAACAAAACAAAAAAAAACCAUAGGAUUUCAGCUUUUAAUGGGAGAUUCCUGCUGAUGUUCCUGCUUUACUGAGACCUCUGUGAGGGAAGCACGGGGGUGAGGAGGGAGAGAGGAGUGAAGGAGAGCGACACACAGACUCAGAGGGAGCUGUGCUGCUGUAGUCAAAGCAGAGUUAUUAGGGAGCUGAAAAUGGGACCGGCUGAAGCCUCGCUCGCUCUGCUGUGUUUAUGUUCUCUGGGUCUGUCUGUUCUCACAGGGACGGCCAGCGCUGCACCAACACAGGAGUCCCUGCCAGAGGUGAAGAAGGCGAGAGGGGACGUUCCUGAUAUUCUUCCAGAGCCUGAACCAGAGCCAACGAACCCAGUGUCAGACUUCGAAAACUCAUACAACUAUGUCUUGUCUAGACUGGCUGGCAUGGACCAGGCCAUCCACAAGCUCAAUGUUGGUCACUACACUCUGGAUGUUAAAGUCAGCCAGUUAAUGGACCGUCUGUCCAGGAUGGAUGCUAAAGUCGGGGAGCUCGAGGACAAAAUCCAGGAGGUCUACCAGCACAGCAAGGACAACCGCAAGGAGACAGGGAGGCUGGAAGGUUGCCAGAAGGGACGCAGGAUGGGAUACAAAUGCUAUCUUGUGUACAACAGCCAUGAAGACUACGCAGGAGCAUCCAGGAAGUGCCUGGAACGCGGCGGCCGCAUGGCGAUGCCGCGCGACCGGAAGGAGCAGGAGGCCCUCGCCGACUACGUCAAGUCGUUCUUCCACCCCGGGAACUGGCCCGUCUGGCUGGGCAUCAACGACCUGCGAUCUGAGGGCAUGUACCUUUUCGACGAUGGGACGCGGGUCCAAUACUUCCAGUGGCGCAAACACUUCCUGUCCAGCCAGCCGGAUGGAGGGAGACGAGAGAACUGCGUGGCCAUGUCGUCAGAUGACGGCGACUGGUGGGACCACUACUGCGAUCGGACCAUGAACUAUCUCUGCGAGUUUGAUGACAGGGUGGCACUAUAAACUGAACACUUUUCAACCCUCCCACACGUCUGUAACUCUGACUUCCAGUCCAUUACAUUUUCAAAUAACUUAUUUCCCUUUAAAAUUAUUUCAGUGGUCCCUUUUUCAAGAAAAGUGGAGAUUUUAAGUCAUUCCAAACACUUCAAGAACUGAUGCCUUGAUGGCGGCCAACCCUACCUUCAGUCCUAGAGUGUUAGUAUGUGACGAGGACUGGGAGACCCAGAGCGUCACUUUUUGAAGAGUUUGGAAUGACUCAAAAAUCUACUUUUCUCACAAAUAGGACCUUUAAACUAGAUUGGUUGUAUUCAAAGGUGAGGAAGCCGUAUGUGUUUUAUUAUAAAUAUGCGGUUAAAUUCACAUUUAGUGUACAUUUUUCCUUUGUUAAAAAAAGUGUAAUGAUAUUUCAUGGUAUCUUACGUUUUUAAGGUGAAGAAAUAUAUCUCAAAUGCGCACAAAUUCAUAUAUUGCUAUUUAAGUUCUUAAAAUAAAUGAAUAAGACUUCA